CGCGUAUCUAGUUCAUCCCGAUUCCGGGAUAACCGAAUGAGUCCGGUGGGAAAUUUAUUACCUUUAUUGGAAAAAGUGGGCGGAAGUGUUUUAUAGAAACAAAGAAAACUAAAAGGGGCUUUAAAAUAAGGGAACAACGAUCGAAAAUAGAACUACAUUUUUAAAAAAUAAAUAAAAACUCGAAAAUGUUCGAGUUUAGAUUAGAAAUGAAUCAAAAAAUAAUUUGGGUGUUAUUAUCGCAAAGAAGAUAGCAAUUAAACCCAAAAUAAUCAGCAAAAUGCAUCAUAAAACUAUGGUUUUGGUUGCACCAUCAUUACAUAAUAUGAGCUGUUCCCAUCCAAGAUUCGAUCCCGACGUUUGGAGAUCGAUGGAUUUUUCAGGAAGUCUACAAGCUACAAUCGUUUUAAUUCUAACCGUUGGAGUACUAGCAGCGAAUAUGAUGCUGAUUUUAAUAAUAAAUAGUAGGAAGUAUUCUAAAUAUAUUCAUUCACAACCAAGAUAUUUGCUCACGUCUUUGGCCAGUAACGAUCUGGCGAUGGGUUUUUUCGUAACUCCCUUCGCGAUAAUACCAUCAUUUAGAAGGUGUUGGCCUUACGGAGAAUUACUUUGUCAAAUUCAAGCGUUACUUCGCGGCGCAAUCAGCCAACAGAGUGCUGUUAUAUUAAUUUGUAUGGCUAUGGAUCGAUAUAUGUGUAUGUUACACCCAGCGAGGUAUCACAAACAUUCAAGUAAAAAGUUUCAUUUUCAGGGUUGCGUCGCGAUAAUAAGUCUCACCUGGAUUCUUUCCGUGACGUUAUUCGCCGCACUUGCCCUACCGAAGGGUGGCUACUAUUUCAAUCCAACCGGCAUGAUGGCUUGCGAACCCUUCUAUUCGCACGCUUCCGUCCGGAUUCUAGCCGCUUGUGGCUUCUAUUUUCCAACGACGAUGAUCCUGAUGUACUGCUACGGCUCGGCAUUUCACGUCAACAAAUUACGUCUUCGCAAAGCCGGAUGUAACGUUAUCGCAGACCCGGAAAGAAUCACGGUAGCCGAAGACAUCGCUGAAAGUAAAGUUCUGACACACGAAAGAAGAUUGAGUGCGAGUGCUUCGAGGACGAUGGCGGCGAUUUCUUUAGGUUUUAUUGUCCUCGUGACUCCGUGGACAAUUCAGGAAGUUGUUGCUGCUUGUACCGGAUCAAGAGCACCGCAACCGUUAGACUUCUUUGCCACCUGGUUAGCGUUGAGCAACAGUUUUUGGAAUCCUUUUUUAUACUGGUUAUUAAACAAUCAAUUUCGAAGAGUUGGCAGGGAAUUUAUUUCAAACAAAUUUUUUUGUAAGAAAUCCCCAUCGAAACCACAACAUUUCGUUUCGAAUUCAAGUUCAUGUCAGAUACAUCACCAACAAGGUUGCGAUUUCGAGAGGCUUUCAGAAAAAUAUUGGGGGGAAAUUUUAGAACGAACAUUGUCGGCGACUUCUUUAAACGCUCUCCAAAAGAGCGGAAGUCAUCCUAGAAUGGACGGUUGCAACGGAAUGCAACGAGGCGGAGGUUGCGGUGGUAUGCAUCGUGAAACCAGGGACAUUUCGUUACCGGAUUUAUGAAAAAUCGAUAAGACCACUCAAACUUUCGAUGUAAUCUGCGAGAAUCACUUGAGGUAAUUCGAAUUUAAUCAUUUUUGACUUUACUUCCUUGCGGAUAAAAUCGAAAGUUUGUUGAUGGUUUUUCGGAAGAAUGAAAACAUUAAAAAAAAUUAAAAUUAAAUACUUGUAACUUGUAAAU